UCUCUACUGUUUAUAUUCACAUGCCAGAAGUAUAUAAAUGAAUACUUAAAAUAUAAUUGCCAUUUAAUUGUGCUCAGGUAGAUGCCAAGAGGUCUCUUGAGUAAAACGCAUGAUUAAAUAUAUACAAGACUAUAUUAAUAUUUAUAAAUAUCAAGUAGCAGUGAUGGCUCCAAUUGCUGCCAAGAUUCUUUUUCUAUCAGUAAUGUUCCUUUUCAAUUACCUCAAUGUAAGUUCAGCUGCCAUCUUCAAAGACUGUGCUUACAUGGGAGAAAAAGAUUCAAACAGUUUUUACGAAGACGGAGAUGUGGUGGUAGGGGGCGUCUUUCCUCUGCACAACACCCGUGUGUCUUCACUUCCAACGUUCGCAUCCAAACCAGAACCUGGUUCCCACAAGUAUUUCAGUGCCCGUGCCCUGCGUUGGAUGCAGACCAUGACCUUUGCUAUCAGGGAGAUCAAUCAGCGCAGUGACUUGCUGCCUAAGCUGAGGCUGGGGUUCCACAUCAGAGACAGCUGUGACGAAGUCCCUGUGUCUCUGAAGGCCUCCCUGCUUCUAGUGAAUGGACAGCCGGGCCACGCAGCAAUCGGGAAUGUGAGUUGUGCCGAUGUCACCAGGUCCCCGUCUCCUGUAAUCAUAGGAGAUGCAUCCUCUGGUGUGUCGAUGGCUCUUCUUAGAAGUCUGGGCCCCUUUCAGAUCCCCCUGGUUAGCUACUUUGCCUCCUGCAGCUGUCUGAGCGAGCAGACAGAGUUUCCCAUGUUCAUGCGCACCAUGCCCAGCGAUGCCUUCCAGGUCAGAGCCCUGGCCCGCUUGGUCAGCCACUUCGGCUGGACCUGGGUGGGGGUCAUUGGCGAGGAGUCUGACUAUGCACGCUUUGCCGUACAGCUCUUUCUUCAGGAGUCGUCACUGUACGGCGUGUGUGCUGCCUAUGUUCACCACUAUCCCGUGGUUCUGAGUCAGCAGCCUCUGGAUAAGCUACUGGAUAUCAUUCAGGGGUCAUCUUCAAAGGUCAUCCUUAACUUCUGCAGUGAGUCAGAAGUGCAAAGCAUCAUGGGAGCCAUUCGACAGCGGAACAUAACAGGCAUCCAGUGGAUCGCGAGUGAGGCCUGGGCCACUGCCAAGUCGCUCUGGAAGGAGUUUGGCGACCUCUUGAGCGGCACCUUGGGCUUCGGUAUUCGCAGAGCCGAGGUAAUUCCGGGGUUGAAACAGCAUCUGUCCAGGCUUCGACCGUCCAACAUCCAAGACUCAGCUUUCCUCACAGAGCUCUGGGAGGAGACACUCAACUGCAGACUGAACGGCUCUGUGAACACACAUUCUCACAUGGUCAACCAUCUGGAUCGAAAGCCUUGCACUGGCAUGGAGGAUUUAAACGACGUGUACUCUGCCUUCUCAGAUGUGAGCCAGCUCAGGGUGUCGUAUAACGUGUACAAGGCUGUGUAUUUGGUGGCCCAUGCACUGCAGAGAAUGAGUGACUGUGAGGCGGGGCAGGGGCCCUUUGUGAACGGCACCUGUGGAAACCCUCAAAGUCUAGAGCCGUGGCAGCUUUUCCACUACAUGAAGAAUACUAAGUUCUCCAUAUUGGGUGAAAAAGUGGACUUUGAUCGCAACGGUGACCCCAUCGCUUCGUAUGACCUCAUAAACUGGCGAAGGGAUCAGGAUGGCUCUCUGCGGCUGCUGAAGGUGGGCUUUUACGACGCCUCCCUGUCUCCAGAGCUCAGCCUGAUGGUGAAUAAAUCUGCCAUUCAGUGGCCUGUUGGGCAACAGGCGGUCCGGUCUGUGUGCAGUGAGAGCUGCCCAUCAGGGAAGCGUGUAGCCAGGAGGAAGGGGAAGCCUGUCUGCUGUUUUGACUGUGUCACCUGUGCUGAAGGGGAGGUCAGCAACAAAACCGAUUCUUUGGACUGCACACGGUGCCCAGACCACAUGUGGCCUAACGACAUGAGAAACCUUUGCCUCCCAAAGAAUGUUGAGUUCUUGUCUUACAAGGAGCCAAUGGGUAUUGUUCUAUGCGCUGGAUCGGUCCUUGGCGCAUGUUCCUCUCUUCUUGUUCUGGCUUUGUUCUACAAACACAAGGACACACCCGUUGUCCGGGCAAAUAACAUGGAACUGAGCUUUUUCCUUCUGCUAUUCCUGACCACUUGUUUUCUCAUUGGGCUUUUGUUCAUGGGUGAGCCCUCUGAUUGGCUGUGCCGUGUGCGGUACCCAGCAUUCGGCAUCAGCUUUGCUCUAUGCAUCUCCUGCCUCCUGGCUAAGACAUUAGUGGUUCUAAUGGCUUUCAGGGCCACACUGCCAGGAAGUGGUGUUAUGAAGUGGUUCGGACCCAAUCAGCAAAGAGCAAGUGUGCUUUUGUGCACGGUGGUCCAGGGCUCGAUCUGUCUUGUCUGGCUGCUCACCUAUCCGCCUUUCACCAAUAGUAACACAGGCUACCUCAGGAACACCAUCAUUAUCGAGUGUGCUACCGGCUCGGAGGUCGGCUUCUGGUGUGUUCUCGGCUACAUCGGCCUGUUAGCAUGCCUGUGCUUCUUCAUGGCGUUUUUGGCCCGUGAGUUGCCUGACAAUUUCAAUGAAGCUAAAUUCAUUACAUUCAGCAUGCUCAUUUUCUUUGCGGUGUGGAUUACUUUCAUUCCCGUCUACGUGAGCACCGCCGGUAAACACACCGUGGCUGUGCACACUUUUGCGAUUCUGGCUUCUGCUUAUGGUCUUCUGUUUUUUAUUUUUGCUCCAAAGUGCUACAUUAUCAUUUUACAGCCAGCAAAAAACAGUAAGAAAAAUAUGAUGCGUAAAUGA